UACACCUAGGGUGGCCGGGAGAGAGAUAUGAAAACAGUUGUGCAGGAGCGCACUGAGGAACGGUGGAGUACCACUUAAACUAAUAAAAAAAAAAUCAAGGGAAAACAAAAUAACUCAAACAACCCUGGAGGAGCCAGAGACAGAGACUACACAGCACGAGCAUGAGGCCACGAUGAGCUGUGCUCAGGCUGGACCGGAGGAGGGCUCCACUAAUGCCAGCGUUACUACUAACACCAGCCUCAAUGGCACCACCAACGAUGAGUUGGAGUGCAAAAUCUGCUACCAGCGCUACAACGCACACGGCCGCAAGCCCAAGAUUCUGGACUGUCUGCACCGUGUGUGUGCCAGAUGCCUCAAUAAGAUCCUGGACAUUGGGGACGGCUCAAGCUCCAUCAGCUGCCCUUUCUGCCGUCACGAGACGCAGGUCAGUGAGUACGAAGUGGCCAGGCUGCCAGAUGACUCAAACAUCAUGUCCCGUCUUGCCGUGCGCGACAAGUCCUGGAGCUCGGACAACAGUAAGGAGGUAGUGCUGACUCCCAAGAGCCUGUCCUCCAAUGAUAGCCCAUCCCACGACUCCUCCAACUGCCUGGUCAUCACCAUCAUGGAGGUGCAACGGGAUCAGCAGCACUCGCCCAGCCAAAACGGCAGCUCUGAUUACUAUGGCGACCAUAGUCUGGACUCAGUCUCAGUAGCGUCCAACAGCGGUGUAGUGGAUCAAGAUGCACUAUCCAAGUUCUGCAAUCACGUUCCGCGGGUCUUGGUGUGGCUGCUGGGCUUUUUCUACUUUGGUUCGCUGCCACUUGGCAUAUACUUGCUGGUGAUCCAGAGAGUGACUCUGGGGAUUGUGUGCGUGAGCCUGGUGCCAUCCAGUCUCACAGUCUGUCUGGUCUACGGCUUCUGCCAGUGUCUGUGCCAGGGCAUGUGCGACUGCUCCAACAGGGGGUGAUUGGUACGAAACAGGCCACUGAAAAUCAGGCUACAUCAUCCUACCACACCAAGAGAAGAUAAAAAUAAGCUCUAGGCAUCUGAAUCUUCUCGCUGCAAAUCAAAUGCAAUUUGUACCUUCUUGCUUUGAAAGGAUGUGUACAAACAGCUCUGAUAAGAGGAUAAGUGAAGCAUUAAAGAGGAAGGUCAGUCUGAAAGAAACACUAUUAGCUUAACAUAGCUUCUGCACACACCCUUCAAGCUCAUUCUAAAGUAAAAAUGCUGACCUAAGUUCUCCAUGCAGAUCAGAUGAUGAUGCAUGAGUGGGAGUUUAUCAAAGAGGAGCAGAUGGACUUUAUGUGUACAGCCAUGCAGAGUGGAUGGGCCACAAAGAAUAAAGUUUUAUUGUGGUUGAUUCUCAUUGCUGUGAAAUAAACUACGUGCCCUGAUUAUCAAUGAAAUGGCUCCAUGAGCAGCACUGUUACAGGUUGAUAAGACUGGAAUAGUCUGUCUGGUUAAAGACUUUUACUGUAGGUAUUACAAAGUGAAGAGAUGGGUAACCAUAACCGUAUGAGGGGGCCUUUAAAUAAAGAGAUUUGACCCA